UUAUUUUCAUUGUUUUCAGUUGAUUGUAACAACAGACAUAAACAUAAGGCAUGACUUAACUACAUAAACAUACUCAAAAAUUUUAGUCAAAAUUAGAAAUGCAAUUAGGUGAUAAAUAGUCUGCAUUAUUUAAUCAUUCAUGACAAUUUAUAUCUUUAUUAUUUAUAUUCUUAGGUUUGGUAGGUAUUAAUUGUACCUACACUUUCUAAAUGCUAAAACUAUAGUUAAGUCGUCUAACGUAAAUUAUUUAUAGGCUAUUUUAAACAAAUUUUUGAAUUUCACAAAUGGCAGACAAGCAAAGAAAAAUUGAUUCAGGCAGAGCUCUGUUUGAUACAUACCAAAAAAGGAAACAAGCAAAAGUGGAAGAUAAGGUGAUUGGCUCUGUAGUAGACUCGGUGUUUGAAGUGCAGGAGCCAGAAACAGAAAGAAGGAGCAGAAUGGAUGCAAUAACUCUACAGAAGAAGACAACACAUGUUGACUCUCUAAAUACUACCAUUAAAAACCUCCAAGAUUCUCUGUCUGAGAAAAAUGAAAUCAUUGAGUCAUUGGAGAUUACAAAUCGAGUGUUGAGGGAAGGUACGGGUGACCACAUACGCUCAGCACAGGCUGUGAACAGUCAAAAGAUGACUCUUGAUCUCCAGAAGCAGGUAGAUUCUCGGGACACUUACAUUGUUCAGCUGUCAGACAGUUUAAAGCAGCGGUCUCAGGAGGUAACAGAUUUACUGCUAAAAGAGAAGGAACUCAAUGUUGAAAUUGAAAGCUUGCAGAAACAAAUAAAAUUGAAUGAAAAACAAUCUGAAAUGAAAUUGUCAGAUUUCUACAACGAGGCCAUUGAAUACAGAGCAAAGGUGGAACUUCUGUCAAGCCAGAACCAAGAAUACAUUGACAUGGUGCAUUCUUUAAAAACAGCGUUGGAUACUAGUAGUAAAAAGAUUGACUCACAAAAAGAGGAAUUAGUUUUGAAAAAUCAAAAGCUAGAAAAGUAUAAAAAUGAGGCUUCUGAAGACAUCAAGACAUUGAUGAGACAAGUGGAAGAGUUGAAUCAUGAUGUAUCGAAUAAGGAGGUGGAAAUGUUAAAGAAUAGGGCGGAAAUAGAACAGUUACGAAACCAACAGGAGGAGCAGAUCAGGAGUCAACUUAUUGCUCUCAAAAAUGAACUGGAGAAGAAGUAUGCUGAAGAUGUGAGGAAAGUGGAAUUGUUGUAUGAUGGGAUGUUGUUGGAACAUAUUCGUAAAUCAGAAGCAGAUUUGAAGGCAGUAAGUAAUACUGAAGAACUGGAAGCUUUGAAACUAUCUUAUCAAGAGCAAAUGAAUGCUUACAAGGAGGAUUUGAAUAAUUUACUUGAAAAGAGUAAAUUAAAUGAAGAACAGUUAUCUUGUGAACUUGAAAAACACAAACAAGACGCUGACUAUUACAGACAACAAGUUGAAAAUGUUGAAAAUAAAUUGGCAGAAGAAAUACAGAGGAUAAAACAUGAAUGUUAUCUUGAAUUGAGUAAAUAUGAAACUGAAAUGAAGAUGGAUUUUGAUGCAAAAAAGAUCCAGUACUAUAAAGAAGAAAUAGAUACUUUGAGUGCGAGACUUAAAGAAUACGCCUUAAACGAGGCAAAAAAAGAUGUUGAAACCGAAACUUACAGAAUUGAACUUGAAAAAGUAGAAGAUGAUAUGACUAGUGUCAUUGAUAAAUUGAGCAAAUAUAAAGAUGCGUAUGAAAAUCAGAUGGAGCAUACAAAACAACUAGAAAAUAAAUUGGACCAAUUAAGAGAGUUAAAUUUGCAGCUUCAAGCGAGUCUGCAGGAGUUUAAAAAAAAUGAAGGACAACUUGUACAUGAAUUGAAAAUGAAGCAAGCCAAACUACUUGAAUAUGAACAAAAGGCUUAUGACUUUAAUGAGAAAAUACAAUUUGAAUCUAAUCAAAUAGGGCAAAAAUAUCAGGUAGUUAUAGCAACAUUUAAAGAACAAAUCCAAAACUUGGUAGGUGAACUCGAGCGGAACAAACAGUUUUACGAGGAAGAUCUUUCAUGCUUAACUUCUAAAACAUGUGAGCAGGAGAAGGAAAUAAAACAUCUCAAGGGUAAGAUAACUCAUAUGAUGAGAAAUGGGAAAAUCUAUGAUGAAAUACAACAAAUUGAUACAAAUUUAAAAUCUUAUAGUCAAGUAGAACAGUUAAACAUUUUAAAAGAGAAAGUUGCUAGGGCAGAAUAUUUUAAUGAAUCUAAUAAAGGAUUAUUCCAAAGUAUUUUGAGUGGACUGAAAAAUAUCAAAACUGGUUUACAAACCAUUGUUUAUGGUAGCAUAGAAGAUUCUCCAGAGUUGGAACAGACCCAGUCAGGAGAUGUUGACGAGUGUGAGAUGGUUUUGCAAGAUUUGGAGCAGACUAUGCAUGACCUGCAGCACAUGGUUCAGUCUGGGAGUAUCAUGCUAGGUCCUACUCAUCAGCCUAGUAUGGUCACGUCCACACCCAAUAAUAACGAGACAGUUAAGAGUUGGAUGAGGAAAUGUGCCAGCCUGGAGAAUGAGAACGAACAACUGACAAAGGAACUGGAGUUGCUCUCAGCCAACUUGAAGGAAAUGGAACAUUGUCUUCUGGUGGCCACACAGGAAUCAAGCUCAUUUAACAAGAAGUGUCAGAGUUUAGAUGCCAAAAUAACCGAACUGGAAAACUCCAAAUUGUCAGAAUUUAUGCUUAAAAAAGAAAAUAAUGAACUUAAAGAACGAUUGUCGUACAUGGAACUUGCUGAAGACAGGUUUCACAAAGAGUUAGAAGCUUUACAUGAAAACAAUAUUAAGUUAGAACAAAAGCUUCAUAAAAAUAUACUAGAUAUACAAAAUAAAAUAGCAAAAUCAGGAACAAAUAAAGAGUUGGAAAACAUAUUAUCUAAUUUGAAAGCUAAAUCUGAGGAAGUAAUUACAUUGAAGUCACAAUUAGUACAGUUACAAAAGUCAGAAAAAGAGCUUAAAUCUAAAAUAUAUGAAAUUCAGUCUAAGUAUGAUAAAUUUGUUGCCCAGUAUGAGUUUUUAACUUCUGAACUGGAUGUUAAAAAUAAAGAAUUAGAAGAUGUAUGGGAAGAAAGGAAUAAACUAUCAACAGAAAAUAAACUACUUAAUGCCAAACUUUCAUCAGUGCAAGACAAGCAUCCUUUACAGAAUUUAAUGAAGUCAGAUGCCUCAAGAAGUGAGUCAAUUAAUGAAGUAUCUAAUGAUGGAAGGGAUACUAAAAGUUUUAAAGAUAGAAGUAGAGAACUGGAAAGUUUGAACAAUUUGUCUUUAAGGAGACUACAGACAAUGAGAAUUUUAACUAGCACUCCAAACUUAAGUGACAAACUUAACACACUCCUUCCCAAGACCUCCUCUGUAGCGGAACAGAUUGGAUAUCAACUGGAGCUGUUGGACCAGCAAUUAAAGGACUCUGCAUAUUACAUGCCGACCAUACCAGAGGAAGAGGACCAGGAGGAGGGUAAUCUUGCACCACAACAAACCGGGCUCAGCAACGAUCCUCAGAUUAUCAGGAGGGGUGGCCUAGUGUAUUGUCGCAGUGGGUUGGCUCUCAGACAGCUGCUCAGUGUGUUGUUUGAUGAGUACACAUCGUGCAUCAAGAAUCUUCUCUUGCCAUGGAAAGAAGAAUGUGAAACAUUGGAUUUUAAUUUACACAAAUAUUUGGACAUAAACUCAAGCAACAAUAGCCCUAUACAAGUGGAUCAGACAGAUCAGGUGGGAGACAAAGAGGGCAAUCAUGAAGAGAGGAGGGAUCUGUCAGGUGACAUGGGUGCUCGACUUCAGAAUACAGAUUUCCUAAAGAAGAUAACAGAGGACUGUGUCAAGUCUAUGUUUCACCUGAGUCGGAGACUUGUCACCGCACAUAAUGCAGUCCUGACUACUAUUGGAGUCCAGCGGGAGCAGGUGGAGACAGGCUGCCAACUGGUGGAGCUCCAGGAACUUGUGCGUAGCCUACAAGCUGAGAAGUUGGAACUUGAAAAGAAACACAAAUCUGCUAUAGAAUUGCUGAUCAAAGACCAUGAGAAUGAACUGGUGCUGGUGAACAACUUGCUAGCCAAGGUACAGAAGGAGGAGCCACUGGCUCUGGGCGGGGACUGGGACAUCAAACGUCGGGAGUUGGAACAAAAACAUCGCAGAGAGGUAGAAGAUCUCCGUACUUACUUUGAGAAGAAAUGUGCUGAUUUAGAGAAGCACUACUCCGAGGAAAUUUACAGUCAGAGCCAACAAAGCUGCAAGGUGUCAGAGGGCAGUUGUUCGUCAGACAUAGGCAACAUGGUUGAUCUCUAUGACACAGGGUUGGACGAGCACAAUCAUCUAAACAAUGAUGAAAAACUUCAUGAGCGCUGUGAGAAGAAAAUCGAGGAACUUAAAGAGGAACUGAAAACUCUGCAAGAGAGGUGUAAGACAGAUGUAGAGUCUCUUAGUUCACAGUAUCCAGAUGAGUUCAUCUGUAAAUUGUGCAGAAAGAAGUUGACAGCUUACAGGAAAGAUGAAUAUGGGCAACCAGGAGACAAUAGUUGUGACUUGGAUAGCGAUCUGGAUCUCAAAGUUUAUCAGAUUAAAGAAGAAGUGAGGAAGGAUUACGAAACUGAAAUUGAAAAAAUAAAGGAAGAUAUUAUUGAACAAGUACUGAAAAGCAAAGAUGAAGAGAUAGAAGUGAUUAGAUCACAACUAAAUAAGAAACACAAGAUGGAAGUGGAGAAAUUCCAACUCAGAUAUGAUGAGAUGGCAAAAAGAGAAGUGGAGAAUUCUGCAUUGCUGGUAAAAAAUGAAGUGUUUAUGUCACAUGAGCUGAAGGAGAAAACAAAGCACAAUGAGCAACUAAAAAGAAAACUGAAGGUGCUCAGUGAACAAAAAGAAAAUGAAAUGGAGAAAUUAAAAUCUGAAUUAGUCAAGGCACACAAGAAAGAAGUGGAGAAUAUGAAGCAAGCUUUUGAAAUUGAGAUGACAACAAGAAUAGGGGCGAUCCUGGAGGAGAAAACUGACAUGGAGGAUAAGUUCAGAAAACAAGUUGAAAAAAUGCAAAAAUCCAUUAUGGAACUACACUUGGAGAAAGACCAUUGGCAGGCAUGCCAGGAUCAGGAACUUCAACAGCUGACUGACAAAAUUCGAAAGGACAUUCUUCGUGUCUUGGAGUCACAAAUCAAGGCUAUGGUAGCUUCCGGUGAUGAGGGAGAUGACAAGUCUCAGUGGCCACCAGAACUGGUUGCAUUGGAACGUCAGUUCACUUCCAAAUACCAGCACCAGAUGGCUCAGCUUGUAGAAGAACAUGCUCUUGAGAUUGCUGACAUCAAAGCUGAGUGUGAUGCUAAGCUUAGUGAGGUUGUGAAGAUGUAUUCGAUCAAACAAGCAGAAGAAAUGCCUUUAACAUUAAUAUCAACUGGAGAUGAAGAUUUGGACAAAAUCAUUCGAGAAAGAGACAGUCUGCGCAGCCUGGCAUUGACUCUACACAGAGUUGUAAAGGAGUUGGCCCAGUACCUGACAUCUUGUGAAGACGAGUUAAACAAGAGCGUUGUAGGAGAACUGCUGAAGAUGGCUUCUCCUCACCUCACGUCCACGGUACACACAAGUGAUGUUGAGGCUAGCAGUGACUCCGAGAGCGAGUCUCACAAUGACCAGCGAAGGGUGCACUUUGCCCCAGAUGUGAGUGCACUGGUCAGCCUGCUGGAGGAUGACUGCCUGGAGAACACGAGUGUGGACGUGUCACUGCAGCUGCGAGCGGAGCUGGAGUCUUGUCUGGAGCGGCUGAGAGGAGAGGCGGCCAUCGUGCUGGGUCUCACACAGGGUCGGGCGACGUCCACCAUGGAGGACAGGAGGCUGACGUCUCUCACACGUCAGCUGAUAGAGGAGAAGAAAGCCAAGGAAGAAGCCUUGAUCCACUUGGAAGAGCUGCAGGACCAGGUCCAAAAGUAUGAGAGUGAACUGAAAGAUUUACACAAAAACCUGGUGGAGACCAAAGAUAAGAUGAUCAAGGAAAAGAUUGCUGAAGAGGUUGAGCUAAGGCAGAGGCAUGCAGACGCCAGGGUCCACAAACUGAGUCUUCUGCAGGAGAAAGCUCGCACUUUACUGAGUGAGAGAGGAGAUUGUCCACCUCAGUGGUUGGGACUGAUAGAGGAACUGUGUGUGGAGGGUGACUGUCUCAUAGAGGAAGCUUGGAGAGUGAGAGAUGAGCAGCAGCUGGAGGUUGAAGCGGCAGACAAGCAGUUACGCAGUACCAGAGCAUUUCUGGAUGAGCAGGCACUGGAGCGGGAGCAGGAAAGGGAUGAAUAUACACGGCAGAUAGCACGGCUUAACGAGUUAGUACGCGAGCGUGGGCGUGACAGGCAGUUCUCCAGUGAGUUGCCGUCUCCGCUACAGGGCUGUGACACAAACACGCGCAACUCAGCUGCCUCUGUGGAGAGUCUGGAGCAGCAAUUGAAAGAGAUGACAGAACGACUGAGUGACUCAGAGGACAAGAAGCUCAAGAUGGAAAAGAAGCUGAAGGGAGCUGAAGACAAGAUCUGGGUGUUACAAGACUACAUCGAUGAAAUAGAGACUACAAAGAGCCAGCGGGAGGCAGCCUUGGAGGAGAGAGUAGUUGAACUCCAGGCUGAACUAGACACACAAGCUCGUGCGCACGCAGAGGUGGUUGGAGAGUUACAGAGUCUGCAGGGUUGUAGUGGUGACCACACUCCUCAACCUAGCCCACAAACUCAUAUCUGCCCCCCCACUUCACUUCAGCUCAAGUCUCAGUUGAGAGGAAUGGCCAAGUCACUGGAGAAGCAGAUUAGGGAACUGGAAGCUGCAAACAUACAUGUAUCUAGUGCCAGUCUCAGCUCUCCAUCAGAGGAUGUGUCCAUCAGAGAGCAGCUAGAAGCUUUGCGAUGUCGGACACCUGAGGACAGCAGCUGCCCCAACUCUCCUUCCCAUCUACCCAUGGAAGAGUUGGUACAGCUGAGUGAUAAGUUGCUACGCUACUCCCGGGCUGCUGAGAACAUCAUCAAGAAACUGCGUGACAGGGAGAUGGAGACACUCAUGCUCAGAGCUAAUGCUGAGGAGAUGCAGGCUGAGCGUGACGUUCUGCAAGGGCAAAAUGAAAGACAACAGCUACAGUUGGCAACAUUGAACAAGCGAGUGGAAGAACUGCGAGUGCGCAAUGAGCGAGAGAUACAGGCCAGUGCGGCACCUCUUCACCAGCGUAUACUCGAGUUAGAGACUCUUUGCAGUGACCUUGGAAAUGAACUCAAGGAAGCGAAUAGGAAGUUGGCCAAGACAAAGCAGAAGCUGGACAGGACAGAGGCAGUGAUGCUGAGGCAGGAAGGUGAGAUCAGCAGUCUGUCGCAGCAUCAGCAGGAGUUGGUUAACAACUUGAGUACAGAUCUGGCUGCCAUGAAGGCUGAAAAACAGCAGUUACAGAUAAUGGUGGAGAAAUAUCGUUCUGAGGAUAGUGUCAGUUUCCCACAGCUGAUAGAGGUUAUGUUGGCAGAGAAGAAUGCAGAUAUUGAUCAGUUGCAGCAUCGAGUGGAAGAGCUUCAGUUGCAGCAAGAGAACAGCUCCAAGAGCCAAUCCAAGUCGAAGAGUUGCCGUGUUAGUUUUGCAGAUGAGGUGUCAUACUCACGACUUACGGAUGGAGAAAGAGCCCGAGAAGCCCCUCAAGAAAGCAAUAGUAUCAAGCCCUUUUUCUCCACACCACUCUCUACUAUAGAGGAAGGCAACAGAUUAGUACCAAGGGUCAUCGGAGAAGACAUCAGCAAGAUACCUGUACAUUCAGACAUCAACUUCAACUCUUCACCUAACAGAGCUAGUCAGUUGGAAAGUGUGUUGUCCCAGCUGAAGGAAGAGCUGGAACAGAAGUCCCAGCGCCUGUUAGAGUGUGAAGCUCAGUUGAAAGAGUUGCCAACUCUGGAGGAAGAAUUAAGGAGGACCAAAGAGGAAUUUGUGGAAACAGUGAAGUCUGUAGGGGAGGAUAAGAAGUUCUAUGAAGAACAACUAGGUAUACUGAGGGAGACAAAGGAGCAGCUGGCUGAGCGAGAGAGAGAGCUGAAGGAGGUGAGGAUAGAGCUGCAGCAGAAAGAGGAGGACAUGGUACGGACAACGGCAGAUGUCAAGGCUCUCCAACGCAUAAUGGAGGGGCUUCAGCAGAAACUACGAGAAGCCAAGACAUUCACCCAGACAGGGGAGGACAGUGAGUCAGCAGAAAACAAGUAUAAGAAUGAAUGUGAUGAGUUGAAAAGUGCUGUUUUCACUUUGAAGGCCCAGGUCUCAUCCUUAGAAAAGAUUUUAGAGAAUGAAAAAAUGUCAAAUAAAUCUCUACAAGAGAAAAUUGACAAGCUCAAGAUUGAAAAAGAAAAUAUACUAUUGGAACUAAACACAACAAAAUCUAACAGUGUUUCUAUACAGGUAGAACUUGAAAAAGCUAUGUUAAGCUCAAAAGAAAAGAUGGAUAUGAUUGAAUCAUUACGCUCAGAUUUAGAAGUAUCAUCAAAGGAAAAGAGCAGUCUGAAUUUGAAAUGUCAGAAACUGAAGAAAGAGCUAGAACAGUUAACCAGAAAACAAAAAGUGGAACUUAAAAACAUUUUACAAAAGGAUCAUGAAGAAGCUCAAAAAGUGAAGGAGGAACUGGAGAGCUUGAAAUCUAGCAAUUCUGAGCUUCAAUCGGCAUGUGAGAAGUUGCAGCAGGAGUUGAGCGAAGUUGGCAGUAACUUGGAGUUGUUAAGGGAGCUAAAUGUCAAAGAUGAGAAAAUAGAGGAACUUCAAGCUGAGUUAACCAAACUUGACCAGGAUAAACAAGUUUUGAGAGAUGAGAAACUUAAAACAGAACAAUGUCUCAAUAAAGAAAUUUCUGAACUUAAAGUCCUAAUUGAGGACUUGAACAAAAACUCCCUGCAAACUGUGGAAAUUGAACAGGUGAACAUGAAGGAUAGGGAGAGCUUGAUGAGGAAAUAUGAGGUGCUGAAACGAGAGUAUGAGAGACUGCGAAGAGCGAGAAGAGAGUGUGAGAAAAAGUGCCUUGUGCUGAAAGACGAGUUGACCAAGGAGAAACAGUACUCUGCUAGACUUCAAGGUUUGACUGGUGGCAAGAGAGUGCCUCAGCUUCAGGUGUCUAAAUCCAAUCUCGUGGAUAUAAGACCAGAUGGAAUGAAGAUGACAAAAUCCUUGGAUAACCUAGCAGAUGAAGUACAGAAAGAGCUUAACACCUCUGCUCAGUUGGACCAGUCACUAAUAACAGACCUCCAGAAUAACACAGAGACUGGUGUUGAAGUGGUGCGUUCAGAUAACAUGGCUCCACACGUUGACUACCUUAGUGCUCGACUGGCCGAGGCCGAAACCGCGUUUCACGUGGAGCGUGUUGUUGUGAAUGAGCUUCGCGCAAGACUAGUGGAAGAGCACCAGCGGCUGAUGGAGGAGCGGGCACGCACACUGGAACUGCAGGAAGAAGUAGCAACACUGCACACGCUUAACGACCAGUUCGAGGACAAAUUUAAGAAUAUAGUAUCUCAACUAGAACAACAAGUUAAUGAAGUUAAAGAACUCAGGCAUAACAUGCAACCGACUGAUACAAAUGUAAUAGAAAAAGAGAAGCUAAAGAAACUAGUAGAAGAAAACCAGAGAAGGGUGGAUGAACUGUUACAAGAGAGGGUGUUCAACAAGAAUCAACUGUUGUACCUGAGGGAAGAGUUAGCCAAAUUGCAGCAGGAGAGAGAGGAAGAGGUAGAGAGUCGCAGACAGAGCAACGGAGACAAUCGCUUGAGAGCGGCCAUGAUUAACUUACAGCAGGCACUAGAAAGUCGCACAAGUGAGCUAGAACAGGAGCGAAAACGAUGUGCAUCACUGCAAAAAAUUGUGGAACAAGUUAACUCACAGAAUAACCAACAUGCAGAAAAUCUGGUGUUAAUGAAGAACUUGCAGUCAGUGGAAAACUUGCGAAAGGCUUUGGAAUGUCGGACACAUGAGCUGGAACUGGAGAAGAGGAGAUGUGAAGAGCUGGAGAGGAUGAUGCAGCAAGCCAACCUGGAUAGCAGCAGGCCAAGUGAUGAACAGUCAACAGAGGUUGAGUAUUUGAGAAGGAAAAUCGUUGGUGAAGAAAGGUUGAGGAAAAAAUUAGAAGAGAAAAUCGCACAUAUGGAACUCGCACAAGGAAGUCGUCUAAGUAGGAGGAGAGAGACGGAAGAGAAGUUAAGAGAGAGUUUAGCCCAAGCUGAAAAAGUUAAAAAAGAUUUAGAGAAGGAAUGUAUGGGCCUGCAGCUGAAGCUGAAGCAGUGCCAGAUACAGCUGUCAGCCCAGGCUGGCGAGUCUCCUGUCUCUCUCAGGCUGAAGGAGGCUAACAUGGCAUUGGAGCGUUUGGUCAAAGAUAAAGAGGAUCUCAACACUGCCAAUGCUCUUCUAAUAGAGGAAAAGCAACAGCUCCAAAUCAAGCUGAGGGAUCAGGAUUCACUGAUUGAGGAUUUAAAGUCCCGUAUACAUGCUCUAAAUAUUAAAGUUACUGAUGGCGGAAUGGACAACGUGAAUGCAUUGUUUGCGGCAGAAAGAGCAGCCUGGCUCAAGGAAAAAGAGGCUUUGAAGGAGGCCCUAACCAAAACUCAUGCUGCAACACAAUCUGUCAACUCUGACUCAUUCACCAGCUACAGCAACUCUGCACACGUCUUGCAGAGGUACCUGAGAGCAGAGAGUCACCGUAAGGCCUUGGUGUGGCAGAAACGUUAUCUGCUAGUGGCUCUGAAAGGCUAUCAGGACCACUCAAAACAGACUGUAGCAAGUCUGCUGGCAAGGCUACCAACACUGCCUCCCCCACCACCCCCCUCACCUGAGCACAGGUUCAAGGUUGCCGUGUGUGCUGUGCGUGCAGUGUACCGAAUGCAGUACCUUGUAAACCAUCGUAAACAAGCGCACGAGAAUACUCGUCGACUGCUUCAGCAUGCCCUCAACAACAUGAAGCCUCGUAGGGGUGAAAGUGUAGCUGGAGCUCAGAAUGUAUGGAGGAAGGCAGAGGGCAUGUCCAGUAACCCUAUACAACCUGGAAACCUGUCUCACUACUUGGAUCGUUUUAAUUCACUUCAAGACCGAAUAAAGAAUACUCUGUCCACUGAGAAGACUGAAUACUGAACAAGUGUAGUAUUGUGGAUUAGUGCUUUAUUUUGAUACUAUUGUAUCUUUAGAUUAUCCAUUCGUUCAGUUCUGAGUAUUAUUUGUGUCUGCAGCUCAAUACUGAACACUUCCACUUAGGUUGUAAGUCACCAAUCUCAUUGUUUGUUCCUUGUGAAUAAUUAUUUAUUUGUAUAUUAUACUUAAUGCUCUCUCUCGGACUAGUCAUAGUGUAUAAAUGGUUUCUUCCAGCGCAUAAUAUUGUACAAAACAGUUUUUAUAUAGAAUACAUGUUGUUGGCAUAAUUAAUGCUGUUUAGGUUAUAUUUUAUAGUUGAUUGAUUAAAAUAUUAUAAUUUAUUAAA